AUGAAUAUUGAAACAAUUUCAAUUUUCACUAAGUUAAAUAAUAAACAAAAGACUUCUCGACAACAUGUUGUAAUGAUGAAUGGAAGCAAAAAAGAAAAAUUUCAUACAGCUGAUGAACACAAAUUACCAUCUGAACGUUCAAGAACUUAUUUACUUACAAUGCUUCCAGUUGCUAAAGGUGAUUAUGUUUUUAAUGGGGAAGGAGAACAAGAAUGGGAAAUACAAGGAAAUACGAAUGCGGAAUUUACUAUUUAUGGUGAAAAUCUCGAUGGUGCCGAACUCUCAUUUACAACUCAUUCGGAAUCAUGUGAAUGGGAACGUAAAGAUAAAAUAUAUACUUUAGAAGUAGAUCAAUUCGAUCCACAUGAACGUAUGAGUGAACGUGCUUAUAUCACUCUUAAUUUACCUUAUUAUAAUUCCACUUUAUAUAUGUGUUUAAGACCAAGUAAUACUAAUGAAGUAUUUCAUCAAGGAGAUCGACCUGGUUUAAAAAUUCGAGUAACUCGUCGUGCUUUACCUGUUUGGACAACAAUUCUUUGUUUAAUAUUUCUUUUAACAUUAUCAGGUCUUUUUUCUGGAUUAAAUCUUGGUUUAAUGUCAUUAACACCACAUGAUUUAUUAGUUAUACAAGAAGCUGGUACACCAAAUGAUCGUAAAUAUGCUAAACAUAUAUAUCCUGUACGUAAACGUGGUAAUUUUCUUUUAUGUACUAUUUUAUUGGGUAAUGUUUUGGUUAAUUCAACAACAACAAUUUUACUUGAUACAUUAAUUAGUGGUGGAUUAGCUGUUGCUGCUGCAACAUUAGCAAUUGUUAUCUUUGGUGAAAUUAUUCCUCAAGCUAUAUGUUCUCGACAUGGACUUAAAGUUGGUUCAAAAACUAUUUUAUUAACACAAUUUUUUAUGAUAUUGACACUUCCAAUUUCAUUUCCAUUGAGUAAAUUACUCGAUAUUAUUCUAGGAGAAGAAGUUGGUGCACGUUAUACACGUGAUCAAAUGAGUGCUUUAUUAAAACAUACAGCAACAACUGAUAUUGAAGAUCGUGAAAAGAUUAUUAUGACCGGUGUACUUAGCUUAAAAGAAAAAAAAAUUCGUGUUGUUAUGACAAAUUUAGAAGAUGUUUUUAUGCUUGAAGCAAAUCGUAUUGUUGAUGAUGAACUUGUUUUAAAUGUUUAUGGUUUUGGUUAUUCAAGAAUACCUGUUUAUGAGAGAGAAAAAGAUAAUAUAGUUGGCCUUGUAUAUGCACGUGAUUUUGCUUUACCUGAUACUGAGUCAGGAAAAUUUACUGUAAGACAUAUAAUGAGUUUUUGUAAACAUCGUUAUGGUACAUCAAUUACGCCAGAUGAUUCAAGUUAUGAUGUAUUUAAUUUAUUUAAAAAAGAACAAUACCAUUUAGGUGUUGUUGUUGAAUAUGAUAAUACAAGUGAAAAAGAUCCAAGAGCAAGAGCUGUUGGUAUUGUUACAUUAGAAGAUAUUAUUGAAGAAAUGAUUCAAGAAGAAAUUGUUGAUGAAACAGAUGUAUUUACUGACAAUCGUAAAAAAGUUCGCAAUGCUCUUUCUCAAGCACCAGAUUUUUCUGUUUUUAUUCGUCAAAAUGCAAAUGAAGUAGUAAGUAGAAUCUCAGCACAAAUGAAAGUAGCUGUUUUUCAAUUUUUAUCAACAAGUAUUGAACCUUUCAAAGAUAAAUUUAUUUCAUCUAAUAUUUUAAGUCGUCUAUUAAAUGUUGAUCUGUUUAAAGAAUAUGAAUUUGAUGAAGACGAAACUAAAUCUGGUAAAAUUACAUAUAUAUAUGAAUAUGGUAAACCAGUGGAUUAUUUUGUUCUUAUUGUUAAUGGUAAUGCAGAAUUAGAAACAGGAAAAGAAAAAAUUGUUAGUGAAAUUGGUUCAUUCUAUUAUUUUGGUGUUAGUGCACUUUGUAAUCCAGAUGAAAAACUUGAUGAUCUGAUACGUUCAAAGUCUAAUAGAUUUCGUCCAUUUAUACCUGAUUUUAGUUUACGUGUUAGUGAAGAUGUACAAAUUUUACGUAUACGUCGUGUUCAUUGGUUAGCUGCUGUACGUGCAACUUAUUUUGAAAAAAAACAAACAGCUAAUGGUGAUGCACCAAUGCUUGAUUCUGAUGGUGAAAAAAUCGAUUUAUUAAUACAAGAAUUAGAAAAAGCUGAUCACGUUGAUCCAUCGAAUAUUAUUGGCUGUGUUACAGGAGAAAUAACACACGAACGAGCAUCAUUAUCGGCAUUAACAAUAGCAUCAGAUGGUGGUAUUGAACAUGAAAAAGUACUAACACAACGUCAAAAAUCAAGUCAUUUAUAUAGUUCAAAUAAAAUGUUACCCGAUAGUCCAAUGAAUUCUGGUAGAAAUUCACCAGUAUUAACAAACAAACAACGACACACAAUAUUGCGUUCAGCUACAACACGAACACCACCGCCAUCAUUAACUAACAAAAGUCUAUCAUCAAUCAAUCGUUCAUUGACUUAG